AUGGUCAAAGCUGUUGCUGUUUUGCGUGGUGAUGCUGGUGUCAGUGGAGUUGUCCACUUUGAGCAAGCGUCCGAGAACGAGCCAACCACGAUCUCUUACGAAAUCACUGGUAACGAUGCCAACGCGGAGCGUGGGUUCCACAUCCACGAGUUUGGUGACAACACCAACGGUUGUACCUCUGCCGGCCCACAUUUCAACCCAUUUGGCAAGACCCACGGUGCUCCAUCCGACGAGGUGAGACACGUUGGUGAUUUGGGAAACAUUGCCACUGAUGCCCAAGGUGUUGCCAAGGGCACCAUCACCGACAAGUUGGUGAAGUUGAUUGGCCCAACCUCCAUUCUCGGUAGAACCGUUGUCGUCCACGCCGGCACUGAUGACUUGGGUAAGGGCGGCCACCCAGACUCCUUGAAGACCGGUAACGCUGGUGGUAGACCAGCGUGUGGUGUCAUUGGUAUUGAGGCUUAA